CAAAAAGCAAUAAAAGGCCCAAAAGGAGUGGGCUGACUAGCCUGUUAUCACUUUAACCCAGCCCACCGAUUCCAGCAAAGUAGCGCGGAGAAGAAGCAAUUUCUCUCUGGGACUCAGUAGCCGAAGACGGCGGCGGGAAUGGACACAGCUCUAUUUUCUCCGGCUUCCCUCUUUGCCGAUGCCGAUUCCUCAGAUGAGGAAAAGGAAAACAGCGACAGCUCUCACAGUUUUGUUGAAAGAAAGCACCAAUUCCCCGACAUGGAACUGGUCAUUCGGGAAUUUUCAUUUCAUGAGCUGAAUGCUAAUUUGUUAUGGCCCGGUACAUUUGCCUUUGCUGAAUGGUUAGUUCAACAUAGAUCAUGGGUGGAAGGAAGACGCAUAAUUGAGUUGGGAAGUGGUACAGGUGCAUUGGCUAUAUUUUUAUAUAAAUCGUAUAAGCUGGACAUUACAACAUCUGAUUACGAUGAUCCAGAUAUUGAAGAAAACAUAUGCCAUAAUUGUCAGUUUAAUGGGAUUACACCAGUUCUUCCUCACAUAAAGCAUUCGUGGGGAGAUGUUUUUCCGAUUCAGUGUCCGGACUGGGACCUGAUUAUUGCCAGUGAUAUAUUGUUGUAUGUGAAGCAAUACCCGAACUUAAUAAAAACCCUGUCCUUUCUUCUGAAAUCUUACAAGCCGCGAACUGGAGAGGCAGCUCCUCAUAGUACUCAAUCAAAUGGCCUGAGCAAUCUUUUGUAGCUAUGUGUCACAUGUCAGCACCUGCAAAACUCAGAAACGAUAUCGUCAGAGGGUAACCGUAUUGGAUCGUCUUUACACUCCGUAACCCUUCGUUUUGGUAUCAUCUCAAUAAAGCUGAUGUUAAACUCCGUGACCACCAUUUUUUUUUUUUGGUAAAUCACAACUCAAAAUCCAAUCAAAGAUUCGUCAUCGAUCGCGCAUGCAUGUUCUUCAGCUACCGUUUGAUGGUUUUAAACCCGUGAACUUCUGUUCUUCUGAUAUCUAUCAACCAGGUCGUGCACGUGACAGGAAAAAUUCGUGCCCAAAAUAGUAAAUAAAACUUGCCCAUUUCAUUUAAUUAUCGACUAGUACAUGACCUUUUAGUUUAACAAAGUAAACUGUUAAGAUGAUAAAUUUACAUAUCAUUACAGGUUUCAAUGUAGCUAGUGAUAAAUUUACAUAUCAGAUUGGCAUUGCUUUAUGGAUUUGAGAAGCAGAAGGAGUUUUAUUGCUUUCACAGAAGUCUAAAUGGAGUCUACUUCAAAUACUUCCCAAGCAAGCUGCUGACGGCCAACUUCUAUAAGAAGUCCGAGAAUAUCAUCAACACACACCUCAAAUCAUCAAAUCAUCAGUCUUUUAUUUUCUUUCUUCUUUUAGUCUUUUACUUCAUAUAUUUUAUGUUCUUUUCUAAAUGUAACCUAACAUAAAUAUGUGUUUGCCUAUUUUUCUUUAUAAAAAUAGAUAUUAGUUCAUGGAUUCUACUUCAGUGAAUUCGGUUUUUCUCUAUAAUAGUGUUCCAUCGAUAGACAUUCCCUGUCGCAGAUAGGCAAUCCCUGUCGACGCUACUAUCUUUCUGGUUUGUGUCAUAGCGUGUCAUCGACUACAUCUAGUCGGCGCUAAUAUCUUUUUUUCUUUUCCAUGUAAUAGUGCGUUAUCGGCACUACUUAUAGUUUGCCGGCGCUAGGAUUUUUUCCUACUAUUAAAAAUUAAUGCCAUUAAACUCGUUUCCCCCCUAUCUUCUUUAUUUUUUUUUCUCUUUAUUUACAAACCAAAGAGAAC